AUGUCUGGGACCGCGGGGCACGCUUAUCCCGUGGGCCUCAAAAGAAAUGGUAGCAAGUACUCCUCAUCAGCAGAGACACGCAUGAGUCUGUCUACUACAGACAAAAAUGAAUCGGAGCUCAGUAACCACAAAUGUUCCUUUGGUUGCGAUGAGCGCCGGAAAUCCCACAUGGCUUUUUGCCCUGGGUGUCCUCGGGAAGAUAACAUCUAUUGUCAAGCCGAUUGGAUGAAGGAGAGACGCCAUGAUGGGUGCGACUCUCGGCAUCGACAAAUCCCCGUAGCGACUUAUGACCUCGUUGACAGUAUCUUUACUAGCGAAAAUGAUCCAGAGAAGAUGACUCAUUUGCACGAAGCCGAUACGGGUUCCUUAUGGUUUGGUCUAACGCCGGGGAAGCGUGUUGAUCAGCCUGAACUAGUCAAUACGGACGUCUAUCAACGUACUGUCGCUCUUUCCAAGUUCGAGAAUCGCCGAAAUCAGUAUCCAUCCCUCGUAUCAUUUAUAGGAACAACUGGUAGUGGCAAGUCUACAUUGAUUAAAGCCCUCUUAACGGUACGACCCGCGGAAAAUGAAGCGAUUGAGCAAGAUCGGCACUUUCCUACGCCCGUACCGGGUCUUGCGGACGGUUCGCCAAACAGCGCCGACGUUCACCUUUAUGCCGAUGGCAGCACCUUGGACAGCCAAACUCCAUUCCUAUUUGCUGACUGCGAAGGGCUUGAUGGUGGAGAUUCCCAACCACUAUCUGCCAAAAUCAAGAAAAAGAUGAGUGAAAACGGGGUAGCAUGGUAUGAUUAUGUUCGCCAAUUGGGGAAUCGAUCGGGGUCCACCGAAGAGAGGACAUUCAGGUCCGUAGGCGAAACACCACUGCGUUCGACGAACACGGAAACCGUUGAAAGCAUGCCAGGUCGAACCUAUGCAGUUCGAGACCUAUAUCCACGCAUGCUCUAUUCCUUCAGCGAGAUUAUUUGCUUCGUCACCCAGCAGCCUAAUACUACAGAGGUUGCAUUGAGCCAACUUAUUGUAUGGGCGGAUAAGUCCCUCACCAAGUCUGUCAACCAGCCUGCGUUGCCACGGGUGGUCAUUGUGAUCAAUGGCACACGAAAUCAUCUGGAGGAGUGGUUGGAUGAAGAUACCGCCACAAAAGACCUUCUCCAUCGUUUUCGAGAUAUGCCAAUCAUUGACCAUGGGCUCCGGAAGAUUGCAGAGGCAUGGUCCAACGUAGCUUGCCAGCCUCAGUCCGGUCCAAAGUCAGUGCAUGAUCUCAUUAAACUGUAUUUCACUGAGGUACGGGUUAUUUACGUACCUUCCAAGGAACUAGUUGCCCCUGAUGUGCUCCAGGACCAAGUUCUUCAGUUACGACGACGUUUGCUCUUUGAAUGCCAACAGAUACAGAACAAAAAAAGGAAUCUCUGGACGAGACUUAACACAACCCAGCUACAUCUGUUCUUUAACAAUGCAUUUAUUCAUUUUACCAGGGAUCCUGAUCGUCCUUUUGAUUUCCACGCUGUCCUCAAGUCGGUCAGUCCACCGCCGCAGAACUUCAGCGACUAUAUCACGCACCUCAUAGAAGCAAUCGAAAUGGCAAAUCUUGGUGAAAGUCCUGCUGGUACAGAUGACCGACUUGCCCGACUCCUCGCGUCUUACAUGUCAUUUGCAACCUUGAAAAAUGAUGAUUUUAGUACGUUGGGCAUAAAAGAAUAUGCGCAAUACUUCAUUCCCAAUAUCAUGCAUGUCAAGACUGACUGA